AUGAGGGCCCCGCUCCUCUACUUCUCCACUGCCUCUAGCACCUUGGCCCUAGUGAAGCUGCUGCUGCCGCUACUGAUGGUGCAACUCUGGGCCGCGCAGGCGCUGUUGCUCCCGGGAAACGCCACGCGCGUGGACCUUGAGGCGUCUAGUGCCCGCUGCACGCGUGACUCGCAGCCCUGGCAGGUCUCCCUCUUCCAUAACCUCCAGUUCCAAUGCGCGGGUGUCCUCGUGGACCGGAGCUGGGUGCUCACCGCCGCACACUGCUGGAGAAAGAAGCCACUGAGGGCUCGAAUUGGGGAUGAUCACCUGCUGCUUUUCCAAAAGGAGCAGCUUCGGUCCACGAAAUCCCCCGUUUUCCACCCCAAGUACCAGCCUUGCUCAGGCCCCAUCCUGCCACACCGCUCAGAUGAACACGACCUCAUGAUGCUGAAGCUGAGCAGUCCUGUCGUGCUAACGCCCAGCGUGCAUCCUGUGCAACUGCCCUUCCGGUGCGCCCAGCCAGGGCAGGAGUGCCAGGUCGCAGGCUGGGGGACCACAGCCGCCCGCAGAGUGAAGUACAACAGGAGCCUGAGCUGCUCCAGGGUAACUCUCCUUAGCCAGAAGCAGUGUGAGGUCUUCUACCCGGGCGUGAUCACCAACAACAUGAUUUGUGCUGGGCUGGACAGAAACCAGGACUCCUGCCAGAGUGAUUCUGGUGGACCGCUGGUGUGUGACAACACUCUGCAUGGCAUCCUCUCAUGGGGUAUUUACCCCUGUGGUGCCACCCUGCAUCCAGCUGUCUACACUGAGAUCUGCAAAUACGUUCCCUGGAUCCAGAGAGUCAUUCGUUCCCCAUGA